AUGACGCCCGGCAAAAUGGAGGCGCGGCAGGUUCCAAAGAGGGAAAUGUCCCCCAGAGAGAGUGAGAGCGCAAGUCUGUUUAUUAGGCACACUCACCCACAGCCUCACUCGCUCGCUCACCUGAGACAUCCUCUGCAGAAAGAAGAGCAGACUGGACCCCCCCACCAUGAUCACCAGAGCCCUCCUAGUCAUCGCCCUCCUAGCCAGCCUGGCUCAUGCACAGUGGGUUCGGGCGGGUCCAGGAGAAGGUGCCUGUGUUACCGUGUCCGUGACGGAUUCGUGAACCCCCGGGUCAUCCAGGACAUCCAGGUCUACCCCCCAUCCCACUCCUGUAAUCAAAUAGAGAUUGUUGUUACCAACAAAAACGGGAAGCAGUACUGCGUGGAUCCGAAAGUGAAGAAGGUCCAGGAGCUGAUUAGGCACCUGCAGAGCAAUCUGUUUAUUAGGCACACUCGCCCACAGCCUCACUCGCUCGCUCACCUGAGACAUCCUCUGCAGACAGAAGAGCAGACUGGACCCCCCCCCACCAUGAUCACCAGAGUCCUCCUAGUCAUCGCCCUCCUAGCCAGCCUGGCUCAUGCACAGUAUGGUUCCAAUGGAAAGUGCGCGUGUCGCCGUACCCGCGAAAGAUUCGGGAGCCCCAAGGCCAUCCAGGACAUCCAGAUCUACCCCCCUUCCCACACCUGUGAUAAAAUGGAGAUUAUCGUUUUCCAAAAAAACGGGAUGCAGUACUGCUUGGAUCCGAAAGUGAAGAAGGUCCAGGAGCUGAUGAGGCACCUGCAGAGCAAGAGGGGUCAGUAGACCUCUGGGCCCCCGUCUGACGUCAGCAUCACUGACCAAUAAGAGUCCAACACCUGGAACUUCUUCCUGAAUAAUUUCCGGCAAAUUCCAUAUCCAUGCCAAAACAUUUGCAAAAAAAAAAAAAAAGCUACAUUUCUGUCUUAUCACAGUGUACUUUUAGUAUGUGUGUAUACAUAUGUUAAAGUCAUUACUUGUUUCAUUGUUGUUGUAUUUUUUUGCUUCUAUCUAGUGAGUGAUCUGUACUAUGCAAUUGAAUUUAAAUAAAACAGCUUUACAUAAUUUUACAUUGA